CCUCAUCUCGGAACACUCUGUGUCAGCUUGCGCAUAUUUUUAUGUUUGCAGUGCUGCAUGCAUGCAUGAGUGUGUCCGUGCAUGUGUAUGUGUGCAGGAUGCUGAAAUCUGGAGCUGUGAAGGAGAGGGAGGGGCAACUAAAGAGAUGCUGAAGAAAUUCACCACAACAUAAAGACAAGAGGAUAUAUACAAGAAGGAGGUGGGGGUGGGGGGAUUAGUUACAAAUGGUCAGAUGUUAAAGAUAGAGGGAUAGUGAAAAGCAUAUUGAGCAGAAAUCGACAAAGCGAGCGAGGAGGAAGAGGAGGGGGAGACGAUCUGCUGUAGGGAGCAGCAGCAUUGUUGAUUCUCACUGGCAGCUGUCCUCUGUUGCCGUGACGAUGGGCUGCUGGCUCUCUGGACCAUGGAUGGGCGACCAAACGAUGACUGGACGAAAUCUGGCACACCUGAGCCAGCGGGAUGCUCUGCGAAUCCUGGCAGCCAGCCACCAUCCAAUCACCAUGCAAAUCAAGGGUCAGAGGGCAUGUGGUGCUGAGGCAGACAGGGGAACCUGGGAGCCCCUCCCCCUCAAUCUGCAGCACCUCAACCUGCCCCUCCCAGUGAUUGGGGCAGGGCUCAAUGCCUCUAGCCCCUCCUACCAGGACAGACAUUAUUACAACCACCUGUCUCUGCCACAAGACCACUGUGAUAGAGGACGGUACGGCUACCUGUCCAGCUCCCCGGGGGACACAGUGGACAUUGGUCAUCAGGACCCAGAACUUACUGGUCGUCGACCAAAAGAACAGAACUGCCUGAUGGGAUGCUGCAAUAGCAACGUUGAAGAACCUAAUGGCUGCCACAGUCAGACUGAUGAUGAGGAUUUCAUGCUUGAGAAGCCCCUGGGCUUCCUGCCGCUCCACCAUGAGUUGGACAGUGGUCUGGGCUGGACUGACGGCUCACUCCAUCAGGGGGACUUAUCGGGGCUGGAGACUGAGGAGGGAGGCUUGGAGGACUGUCAUCCACAUGGGCCUCUUGUCCCAGGGGGUUGCGGGGGCUAUGGAGGUGGUGGCUCUCCUUCAUCUGAGUCUUUUAUUUCCUCUGAGCUCAGCGACUCUGGGUUCUACAGUGUUAGCACUGGAGAAUUCAGGCACUUCCAGAGGCUCCUGGAGAAACGAAUGCGGCUAUACAAUGCCAGGCUGCAACAUCAGGGUGAAACCUGUGACAGGCGGGAGAGGCGUGACAGUUGCCCCAAGAGCCAUCGAGAGCUGCUGGAGGCAAUUCCUGAGGCACUGACCAUGCAGCCACAGAGUCAGCACCUCCACCUUGGGAUGGAGGAGGGCGUCGGGCCAGUCAUGGACCUUCCAUCUCGUGGGCUUUUCAGGGUCUCGUCAGUCCAGUUCAAUAAAACUGACCGACCUUGCCUUAAUCGGCACAGCUCCAGCAGUGGGGCCCUCUUCAAUCCAUCUCAUGCACAUGCUGGAAUGUCACGGAUGACUGCUCCAGUCCUCUCCACAUGCAGCACCCCCUCCAGCCACAGGAGACCACUGGUACCCAUGCAGCCUCACCACCAAGGUUCUAGCUCAGUGGGGAUGCUGAGGAGAAGCAGAACACUGCACCAUCGCCCUCCUCCACAGGAAUACCGCCGCAGGGCCAGUCACCCAGCAUCCCCCUCCUACUGUGCAGCCACCCUGCACCACUGCGUAGCUGUCACGCCACAUAAUGUCAUGCAACCAGGUCUGCCAGAAGAAGGUGAGCUAGUGACUGGUGUGAUGUCCUCCCACCCAGUAGCUCUGGCCCUCUCUCCCCAGCAACAUUCCAUCACCCUGGGGCAUAUGAGGCCAGCCGACACUCAUGAGCGAUGCUACGACAACAACAAUAACAGUCAAAUUACUCACCGUGACUGGUGGCACUCACAAGAAAGACUCUUGAUGCCUGAGCCAAUGGUGACAGAAAGGGACAGAGAGAUUGAGAGGGAAAUGGAACAAGAAAGGCAAAUGCAAAUGGAGAAAGAACUGAAGAUGGAGAUGGAAGCACAGAUUAAGGAGGAGAUGAACAGAGAGAGGCAACAGGAGCUGGAGAGGAGCAGAGUCAGAGAUCAGCAGCACUUCCAGAAUGUGGUUCACCCUUCUCAGGCUGGAGAUGUCAAUGACACAUGGCCAAAACCAGCUAGUCGGCAGUUCCAGGGCGGUGGGGGUUCCAGAGGACUAUACAGCACACUGGAAGGCCACACUGGUUCAUUUCUUGGUACUACUGCUGCUGUUGGAUGGGAUGCAAAGAAAGGACACCUUUAUGCGAGUUCCAGCCCUAAUCCCAGUUCUGGUCUGCAGCCAAAACUUUUUCCAAGCUCCAAGCCCAUUACAACCUCACGGAUCUCUAGAAACCAGCUCCUGAGAGACCGGGCGUCUCAGCUGGCAGAUGAACGCAGUGGGAUGAGCACUGAUGAGGAGACUAGUACUGACAUGCUGAUGGGUCGUUACUGGAGUAGAACAGAGAGGAGGGAACACUUUCUCUUGGCGCGUGAGCAGAGGCAGCAGCAGCAGCUGCAGGCCAGAGGAGGGGUAAUACGAGAUGCUGUCAGCAGAGGAGGAGCCAUCACAAUAGGAGGAGGAGCCACUCUUGGAGAUGGAGGUCUGCUGGACAACGGCGGAGUUGGAGCUUUUGCAGAAGGACGUUGCAACACAGUGCUGGAGCUGAGUCAGAAGAAACUGAGUCGUCUGAGAAACAGGAAGGUGUUGGAUGACUGGACGACAGUUGAAGAGCUGCUGACUCAUGGGACCAGGAUGGACAGCCAGGAGGACACAAUGUGUCCUAGCUCCCUCCUUACAGUCACCACUGUCUAACUGCAUGGACACCACAUCUAACUGUUUGAGUGUGUGUGUGUGAUGUUAAGGUAACAGGCAUUUCGUAAACAGGCAUUUCGUAAAAUCUAAAUGUUCUUGUCUUCUGAGUAAGAAGAGAAGAUGGGUAUCAAUUUCAUCUCUAGGACACAUUUGGCAUAGCUUAGCAUGACUAUUGGAAGCAAGAGGGGAAACUGCUAAACUCACUCCAUCUAAAAUAUCUGUCUUCCAACAAACCCAAAGCUGUGUGACAUAUACCAACUGCUCUCUCCCUCUCCAGCAACCUGGGAGGCUAACCAAACCAAAAUGCAACUUAUCUCGGAUUGUCUCUUCAUCUCAUUUGUCACAAUAAGAGAUUUGUGGCUACUUGUUAAGUAGCACAUUUCAAAAUGUAUAUAUCAGUCAGCUUUAGAGAUAAUGGGAGGGUUUCCUCUUUUCAUGGAGGUAGGCUUGCAGGUCCCCGUCUUCUCCCAGUGGCUGUGCUUAGUUAAGCAAAACAGGCUGGACUGUGUUCUCGAUGAAAAGCUUAAUUCAUCCAGGAAGAACAUCCAGCUGACAACAUCGGCGCAGCUGACUUGAGUUGUUUUAUCACAGAUUUGCUCCUAUUGGAUUAAAAUAUGUUAGCAUAACCACAACGUUCUGCAGGAUACAUUUGUGUCAUCACGUUAAAUCAAAAGUUCAAAGUGUACUUUGUGCAUUUGUCUGUGUCACAUAGUAUCAUCAGGAAUUCCGUUGUUGACAUAUAAAUUCUAUCAAAGAUAAAGCUGAUACUUGUCUUCACAUAUGACUCUGUGGAAGACAUUGAACAGGAGGUUUCAUGGAAAUGUCUGACUGUUCCUUUAAUGAAUGUGUGUGUGAGAGAGGGAACUUCACUGUCAUUGCCUCCUCAUCACCUCAACUGUUUUGUGAGAGUGUGUCACUAUUGUAUAGCACUCCUGACAAAAUGUGUCAGUGCAUGAUGUGUGUGAUGACAAACGACUGAGCAAGUCCAGACGAGUGCGACUGCGUCAUGUUUCAUGAUAUUUCACAGGAUCUUUGACAAAAUUACAGAUAUUAGGGUUUUGGACUCAAUUCCUCGAAUAGAUCAUGAGAGUUUGGGGAGCAAUAUUUUGUUCUGCGUGCUGUAACUGGCUGUGCACUAACAUACAGAUUAUAUACUACUACUACUUAUACAUCAGGGCCACAAAACACAUCAGCAGCCUGUAGCAAUGCAGACAAUGACAAAUAAGAUUUGAUAUCAAAUCCUGAAUGUUUUUUAAUAGAAAAAUCUGUUUACACUUAACAUAUAAAUCAGUGAGAGCUUUUGUAACGCGAUGAUAAAGGAACCAUGUGAUUGACUUGCUUAUCUGAAGCGAGUUAAAUGUGAUGGCCAGGAUUAAGGAACACCGUACCACAGAGUUUUGCAAAGGAUUUCAAUCUCAUCUUUAAUCUGUUACAUUAGCUGCUGCAGGAGGUUAUGUUGCAUUCACGUCUUAGUCAAUGUCACAUGCAACUUAGUUGGUAAGCGAACUAAAUACCUUUAUCAACAUUGAUACACUUGAUGGAAGAAUGAGCCAAUAACAGCUGGUGAUGUGCAAGUGUACAUCCAUUGUUAUCUGUGAUAUUGACUGAUAUCUGGUAUAUAUCAACAGAUAUUUAUCAUACAAUGCACUAUUUCUAAUAUGUUUUCAUGAAUAACUUAAAAAAAUAGGAAUUGAUAUGUUUCACCUUAAAAAAAGCCCUACAACAUACAUUACAUAGAGGCGGAGACCUUACAAUAUUAUAGAGCAGGGUUUCUCACUGGCCUGCAUGUUUUAGAUGUUUCCCUGCUCCAGCACACCUGAUUCAAAUAGUCAGCUCAUCAGCAACUACUGCAGAAGCCUGAUAACGACCCAUUUAUUUCAAUCAGGUGUGUAGGAGCGAGGGAAAAGUGGGUCCCCAGGACCAGGACUGAGAUACCAUGUUAUAAGAGAGAGAAGAGAAACCCAACACUUCACACAAUGAGUGAAAAAGCACUAGUGUAGAGAGAGAAAAAAAAACAAUGCCAUAACAUUGUCAUUGUCAGAGUUUGAUUAUUCAGUCCAGAAUACUAAAAUAAUGAUGAUGAUAUUAAUUAGUUAAACCUGCUCUUUUACAUAUCGCUGUUCCACUGACAUGGCGUGAAUGCAGCAUAAACUCUUUGGCCCUUUCAUAACUCUCUGAACUGUUGGCAAGUUGCUUACAUUGACCUUUACUGAAACGGGCAAUGAUUAUUUGAGACACACAGACGAAGCUCAAGUCACUUGUUGACAUUCCACGACAAGAAAGUACGACACGAGUGCACCUGGAUUCAAUCUACUGACUGAUUCCAGGUCUGCUGUAGAGGAAAAUGUGCAAUAUUACCUCAAGCUAGUUUUAAUAUGACAAUGAUGACGACGACGUGUGCGCUACCUGUCAGGUUUCCAUUGAAUGCAGUGAUUUUAAGUGAAGACGCACAGACGUAAGAAAUCACUACAGGUGCAGAGAAAUCCUACUAUCUAAACGUGCAAGAGCAAAGGUGAUGUAGAUAUUAACAUUAUUUCUCUACAUUGUUUUCCAUGAGAGGGACCUAAGAAAAAACACUUUUGCACAUAAUUUUUAUACCUAAAGUUUACCCUACCUUUCUGUACCAGGGACCGAGGCCAGUGGAAAGACUGUAGAUAGAAAGACGUGUGUAUUGCUGUUUUCUUAAAAACUAUCAUUGUGAUUUAUGAAGAAACUUUAUUGUCAUUGUGUUGGACAUAUUUCAAUAUUUUUCCUGUGAUGUUAUAAAAAAACCAAAAACAUUAACAACAGUUUUUAUGAUCUUUAAAAUUGACCUUAUUUAUUAGUUGGUGAAACAUUGCUUAGCCAUUUUUCAAAGUGUGGACACAAGUUGUGCAUAUUAUUGUCUCUUUAAAUGGAUAAAUUGAAGUUACUGUUGUUUUGUGUCAUUAUGACAUGUACAUAUUGAUUUUGUCAAACAGAUGAGGAUGACAUUAGUGACGGGACACAGUGAUGCCGUCAGAUGUCUAAAGUGGUUUUAUCAUGUGAUUCUAGGUUUACUGUUGUGUGAUGGAGGCUGUAUAGACGGCACAAAGAUUAGAAUUGCAGUAUUAGUACAUGUAACACACACACACACAAUAUUGUCAAAAUUCAAGGAACGUGGUUUAUAGUUUGUUCCGAAUGCUCCAUGAUGCAUCCAUAAGUUAUGAGUCGGUUCACUGACACUCUGGAAAGAACACUGUGGUGUUUAAGAUCAGUCUCUUCUAUUUUCUGUAUUUUUCAGAGUCAGUUGUGUUUGAUAUAGUUUCAGGUCCGUGUGUCCAGGACAGAGAUCGUUCUCAGAGAUGUUGAGCCUUGCCAAAGCAACAUGUCCAAAGCUGUUUUGAUCAAGUUGUUUAACAGUAUUUAUUGAGCAUAAAUAGAAGCUGUGAUUUUAUGGGAUGUGUUUAGCUUAGCGGUGGCACAAAGACAUCAAAAACUAAAAAUGAGAAGCUCUAUUUUGAGCUCAAGCUCAAUGCUUACGCGGCCCAAAUGUUACCUAGUCCCAUCUUAAUUUAAGGUGGCAGUGUUCAUGCAUGUGGAGGCCACUGAUGAAUUUACUGGGAGUAUAUUUAGAUCAAGAGGAACUGGACAAGGUUUUGACUUGAGGAUUUGGCUUGAUGUAAACAUCUUUGAAAUACUAGUUUUAAUUCACUUUUUAAUAACGCAGAUUUUUUUUUAUGACAUUUUGUUUCGUGAAAGUAAGCACAAGACUAAAUCAUAAAAAUAAGAAAAAAGUGACAUUUCAUUUGAAACAUACAUGAGAAAAACCUAAAUUAAAGCUGCCAGUGACAUUUGUAAUGAUGCUAACGAAUGAAUCCAGAAGUGCUGUGUGAGUGCAAAUCUGUAUGUUUAUGUUUGGAUCUGCACCAAACCUCAACUGUUCAUAGAUGUUAGCAUACUACACGUGCCAUUUUCUUUUUUUUUUGAUAAAUUUACAAGAUUUUAUAGAAAACAAAAGGAGAAUUCAUGUUUCCAACCUUUGAAUUAGAUCUAAUCCAAAAGUUAAAUGGGACUGAAGAACCAUAGGUAACAAUAGAGGCCAUACCGUUGCUUUUGUAACCAAUAAUUAAAGUUAAUUUCCGGGCUGUAAACAUCCAUUUUGGGUCCUUCCUCCCACUUCUUAAAUGACCUACAAAGUUCGUCUGGUUGAAUUGUGACUGACAUAAGCUGUGGCUUUAUAUCACUUUCAAGUUAUAUAAAGGUGGAUUUUCCUUUUGUGAAUUUAACUGCGCUUGUUCCUUCCCUUUGCUUCCAAUUCUGCUAAGCUAAGCACAUCCUGGACCCAUCACUGUACUGGAAAGAUCAAAGUGAUAUCUAUCUUUUCAUCUCACUUUAUAGAACAUGGCUGAUGAUGAUGAUGAUGAAGCUUCACAGUUAUUUUAGACAGGGUUUUUUCACUGACUCUGGGAGAUGCCGUGAAACCAAACCUCCCCCAGGUUUUGCUUCUACUUCCUCUCUCCUCUCGCUUGGCUGUGACUCAAACAAUCUGAAUAAUGGAUGAUGAAGAAAGAAUAUUUUAUUUUUCCCACCACCCUCCCCUUCACUCUCUGUGCUGCCGUUACAAGACAGAGAGCUGAAAAUAGCACUGCUGUCCUCAUGUGAUGUGAAUUAAGCACACUGGAGCGGUGACGCUUACUGCUGGAGAGCUCAACACUCGUCUAACUCCAUCUGACAUCUCCUCCAUCCAGCCCACAACACCGCCUCCAUCUGUCUGUGUAAGGGUUCUUUCUCAAGAGAGUAAGCUUUUUGGACUACAACGAUGUACAUGUGAUUGUAAUAAAGAUAUUUUAAUUAGCUAUGA